AUGUCUCUCCCGCCAGUUUCCCGGCCCAGUAAGUACCUGUGGGCUUCACCCGGCCCGUUCCCUGGACACAUGGCGAGCCUAACCCUAUUCCCGGGACACGGGGAGGCUCUCCCACCCGUCCAGAGACACCUAGCGAGCCUUGCCCUCCCGUUCCCGGGACACCAGGCUAGAAUCCCCCACCUUUCCCGAGACACCUCGCGAGUCUCUCCCGCCAGUUCCCGGAGUACCUGGCAAACCUCACCCACCGGUCCCGAGAAACCUGGCGAGCCUCAUCUGCCCACAAUGCCUGGGACAUGUAGCAGGCCUCGUCCGCGCGUCCCAAGACAUCUGGUGAGCCUCACCUGCCCGCCAGUCCCGGGAAACAUGGCGGGCCUUGCCCGCCCGUCCCAGGACACCUGCAGAGCCUCACCCGCCAUGUGUCCUGGGAAACCUGCUGAGCCUCGGCCGCCACGUGUCCCGGGACACCAGGCGAACCUCGCCCGCUACAGGUCCCGUGACACCUCGCGAGUCUCGCCCGCCCAUUCCCAGGGUGCUGGUGAUCCUCGAACACCCCUCCUGAGAAACCUGUCCCAGGACACAUGGCGGCCUCGUCCACCCGUCCCGGGACACCUGCCGAGCCUCACCGCCAUAUGUCCCAGGACACCUGCCGAGCCUCGCCCGCCACGUGACCCGGGAUGCCUGGCGGAACUCGCCCGCCCACCCCGGGACACCUGGCGGGUCCCACCUGCCCAUCCUGGGACACCUGGCGGACCUCACCCGCCCGCCCCAGGAUGCAUGGCGGGCCUCGCCUGCCUGUCCCGGGACACCUGGCGGGCCUCGCCCGCCCGUCCCAGGACACCUGCUGAGCCUCGCCCGCCACGUGUCCCAGGACGCCUGGCAGAACUCGCCCGCCCUCCCCGGAACGCCUGGCAGGGUCCCACCUGCCCGUCCCGGGACGCCUUUACGGACCUCACCCGCCCGCCCCAGGACGCCUGGCGGGCCUCGCUCGCCCAUCCCAGGGCGCCUGGCGAGCCUCGCCCGCUGUUACGAUCCCGUGAUAGUUUUUGGAGUUUUACUGUUAGUAGUACUAAUGAUGACAUAAGGAAAGGUAUCAUAGCGCAUUUUGCUCCGGAUGGAGUGGACGUUGACUUCAAGCUUUUAGAGGAAAAGAAAUCGACGAAGACUGUAGUGGAUGACGACUUUAAGUGGUUUAAAUCUCAAGGUAAAAUCAGCACACUUGAAAAUUGGCAAGAGGGUCAUAAUGUCAAUGUACUUAGAGAUACAGGGUCUUCUCAAUCUUUAAUUCUACGGAAAGCCAUUCCAGGGGGCAACAUUGUUGCCAGCGAGUCUAAGUUUGCAGUUGUUGAUACUCUCCCCAUACCUGAGGUUGAUGUUGUUUUGGCAAAUGAUCUUGCUCAAGGGCCACCAAACUUUGAACUUCCUUUUAGCCUUGCGGUAGAUGCCUCGGAUCAAGGGCAGGUGACGGUUAGGAGGAGGCGUGAGACACGUGUCCACCCGGGACGCCUAGUGGCCAACUCCCGGGCGCCGAAACCGCCCCGGGAGCCCCGCCUGCGGCUCCCACAUGCCCGUUCCGGGACGCAUGGCGACCUCUCCCACCCGCCCCAGGACGCCAUGGCGGGCCUCGCCCACCCGUCCCGGGACACCUGGCGGGCCUCUCCCACCCAUCCCAGGACGCCUGCCCGGGACACCUGGCGGACAUCACCCGCCCGCCCCAGGAUGCCUGGCGGGCCUUGCCCGGCCACGUGUCCCGAGACACCUGCUGAGUCUCGCCAAGCCCAGUGUCGGGAGCCUAGGUGGAACUCGCCCGCCCGCCCCGGGACGCCUGGCGGCUCCCACCUGCCCGUCCCGGGACGCAUGGCGGACCUCACCCGCCCGCCCCAGGAUACCUGCAGGGCCUUGCCCACCCGUCCCAGGACGCCUGGCGGGCCUCGACCACCCGUCCCGGGACACCUGGCGGGCCUCGCUCACUUGUCCUGGGACACCUGGCAGGCCUCGCCCGCCCGUCCCGGGAUGCGUGGCGGGUCUCACCCGCCCGUUCCGGGAUGCCUGGCGGGUCUCCCCCGACCGUCCCGGGACGCAUGGUGGGCCUCGCCCAUGCAUCCCUUGACGCCUGGCGGGUCUCCCCCGCCAGUCCCGGGACACCUGGCAGGUCUCCCCUGCCCGUCCCAGGACGCCUGGUGGGCCUCGCCUGCUCGUCCCGUGACGCCUGGCGGGCCCCGCCCGCGCGUCCCGGGAUGCCUGGAGGGCCUCGCCUCCCCGUCCCGGGACGCCUGCCCGUGA